AUGGACGUUGACGAUCUAUUCAAGGCAUCGGGCUCCAUCAGCAAGCGUAAACUCGACCAGCCCAUUCGCGAUCCCAAUGAGAUAUACAAAGCCAGCAAGCUGAGCGACAGCUCCCAUCCCCAUGCUCAAGCCGAAGACGAUGUAGACAACAACAACACCAACAACGACAACCCCGCCGAUGACGACGGCGACUUUGGUCCCGAACUGCCACCAGACGACGAGGAAGGCCGCUUCUUUGGCGGCGGCAUCUCCAAGCAGGAAUCCGAGAUUCUCGAUUUCGUCGACAAGGCCGACGCGGGCGGCGGCGACGUGGACAAGCUCGACAGCGCCUGGCUGCGGAAGACGGUGCUCAACCUCGAAAAGCUCAUCAACAAGAACGCGGAGCUGCGCUCCCGAUACGAGGACCAGCCGAACAAGUUCAUCGACAGCGAGGCCGACCUCGACGCCGAAAUCAAGAACCUGUCGCUCCUGGCCGAGGCCUCGCACCUGUACGGGGAGUUUGUCAAGCUGGGCAGCGCGGCGAGCUUGGUCGGCCUGCUGACGCACGAGAACACGGACAUUGCCAUUGACGCGAUUGAGAUCAUCGGGGAGCUCACGGACGACGAUGUCGUCACGGAGACGGAGCAGUGGGAUACAUUGGUCGGGGCAUUGAUUGAAAGCGACCUGCUGAGUCUGCUCGUCUCCAACCUGUCGCGCUUCAACGAGGACGACGAGUCGGACCGCAACGGCGUCUACCAUUCCCUCAGCGUGCUGGAGAACCUCAGCUCUCAAAAAGCCGUCGCCACCCGGAUGUGCGAGGAGGACGAUCUGCUCAAGUGGCUGCUGCAGCGCAUCCAGCGCACCGAAUCGCCGAUCCUGGCCAUCCUCACAGCGGCAGCGCCCGAGAACCGGGAGAAGCUCCUGGGAGGCCCGGAGGAGGAGUUUGUGGAGAAUCUGUUCGAGGCCAAGUUCUUGGAAGCCGAGGGAACCGAGCUCUGCCUCAUCAUGAUCAAAGAAAGCAAGAUGGCCAAACACCCUUCGCUGCGCCUGCUGGACCACGCGACAGCCGGCACCGCCAGCGUCGAGAUAUGCCAGCGGAUCGUCGAGUCCGGAGGCCUGAAGACGACAUUUACCCUGUUCAACAAGACAAAGGACCAGCGGCUCGUGGGGCCCUUGCUCUCCAUAUUCUCCUCCAUGCUGCGCUUCCUGCCGGCCGACUCCGCAGAACGCAUCCGCCUGCUAGCGAAAUUCGUCGAAAAGGAAUACGAGAAGACGGCGAGGCUAGCCGUCGAGGAGGAGCACCGGCAGGAAGCCGCCGCACGCGCCGGUGGCGCGGAAGAGGAAGAGGAAGACCGCGAGAUACAGCUGCUGUCCCGGAAGAUGGACGCCGGCCUGUUCAAUCUCCAGCUCGUGGAUGUCAUUCUGGCGUGGCUCGUUGCGGAGGACGGGGGCGCGAGGCAGAAGAUCCAGAAGCUGUUGGCGGAGACGGACGAUGACUUGAAGGCGAUACAGAGGACGCUCAAGGAGCAGUUGGCCGAGUUGGAUACCAGUGAGGAGGAUAGCAAGGAUUUGGGCGAUAUGCUGGGCACGCUGAUAGAUUUCCUCGACUGAGGGGGAAUCCCUGGCAAGAUGUUAUCAAUGUACAACUACCUUAAUAAUGAGCAAUAUGAUCUUUUUGUCUUUUCAGUUUCUUUCAAACUCAAAUCUAGCAUUAAUGUGACACACCUGACCGAACAAGGAACCUCGACAA